AUGGUUUGUCAAACUGACAUUCCUCUAAUGAAUUUAUCAUUAUCGGGAUGUGGAUUUCUUGGUCUUUAUCAUAUUGGUGUUAUUUGUGCUUUUAAAGAAAAUGCACCAGAAAUAUUAGAAGGAAAAAUGGCUGGAUGUUCUGCUGGUUCACUAGUAGCAGCAUGUGCCGUUUGUGAUUGUUGUCUAGGUCAAAUGGCCAGUGAUGCAUUGGAAAUUGCUCUACGUGCAAGAGCUCGUGCACUCGGUCCCUUACAUCCAACAUUCAGUAUUGUUGAUAUAAUAAGAAAUGGACUUCGACGAAUUUUACCAUCAAAUGCUCAUGAACUAUGUUCAGGUCGUCUCUAUGUUUCACUAACACGUUGGCGAGACAACAAAAAUGUUGUUAUCAGCGAAUUUCAUACUCGUGAAGAACUUAUUCAGGCUUUGAUAUGUAGUAGUUUUGUUCCAUACUGGUCUGGUAUUAUUCCACAUAAAUUUCGAGGAGUGUAUUAUUGGGAUGGUGGAUUGACAAACAAUAAUCCAGUAAUUGAUGAAAAUACAAUAUUAGUAUCACCCUUUGCCGGUGAAAGUGAUAUAUGUCCACGCGAUGAAUCAGGAUCAUUUUAUAGCGUCGAUUUUAGAGGCACAGAUAUAUCGUGUACACAAGAAAAUUUAUAUCGUUUUACUCGAGCUUUAUUUCCACCAGAAUUAUCUGUAUUAAAACAGAUAUGUUGGCGUGGCUAUGUUGAUGGUUUGAAAUUUUUACAAACACGAAAUUUAAUGGUAAAAACACGUCUGACAGACAAAUCAAGUAUAUCCAGCGUACUUGGCAGAGAAUACAGUGAACCUAAUGAUGAUGAACUUUUGGAUAGCCAUAGCACGGAUGACGGUGAUGUACAUCAUAUGUUUGCUAGUGACAGUGAAGAUGUAGAUGAUGAUUCCACAGUUCAAAACAGUAUAGAAGAAAAUAAUGAUCAUUCAACAGCAGGUGCAUUUAGUGAAUUUUGUCGUAAACCAGAAGAAGUAAAUCAAAUGCCAUCAUCACUUAUAGCAGUAUUCAAUAGUGCAUUGAACGAUGAAUUAGCCAAUUUGGGAAACGUUGUUAAUCGAUCUCCUUUGCUUAAUAUUUGGUCUUAUGUGGCAUUACCUGUAACAUUGCCAAUUGAUUUAACAUACACAGUCACAAAAAGAGUAUUGGGUAUUAUACCGUCGUUUCUGCCUUAUACUUCAACUAUUGAUCAAUCAAAUUUUCUCCCGCUGAACGUUUUCAAGUGGCUAUUUUCAAAUGAACAUGAGGAUAAAAAAUAUUCUUAUCAUGUUGUUGAUUGUGUGUGCAAUGACAAACCGUCAUCUCUAUCAUCACGUCGGUAUAAACGUCGGCGACGUAUCACGCAACAUUCUCAUUAUAAUCGAGCUAAUAGUAUAAUUAGUACAGUAACAUCGUCUAAAUCAGAUUCGUAUCAUAAUAGAGAAGAUGAAUAUCCUACUACUAGUACAAUAAUGGAUGUUUGCAGUGAAAAUGGUGAUCUGACCGAUGCGAUUGAUGAACAUCACAGUGAUAAUGAAAGUAUUUUAUCGACACAACAUUUGACAGAUCCGAUUGAAUCAUAUAAACCACGUAUUUAUCUCUCUUCACGUACACCAGUGUUAAAUAAAGAUUCAAUAAUACGACGACAUGAGCAAAAUCCAGAUGGUGAUUCAAAUCAAUCAAAAUACAAGAAUGAAUUACAACAAAUGGCUGAUUUAUCAAAAAAACAUUUUAGUAAUAGAGAUGAGACAACAACAACACUAUCAUUUGUUGGUAAAGAUUCGGAUAAUAUUCAAAAAAUAUUACCAAUAACUGCAUUAGAAAAAUCAGUUGUAUUUAGCGAGAAACUUUAA